GAAGAGAAUAGCUUGGAGUUUCUAGUGAAGAGAGUCCGUAUGCUACGUGUGGGCUUUCUGAUGUUUGAUGAGAUUGUAAUGUAAUGAUGUGGAGAUUGGAGAGAUUAUGGCUGUAAGAAAAUAUAAGCUGUUUAAAGAAAAUUGCAGAGGCUGCUAGAGAGAGAGAGAGAGAGAGAGAGAGAGAGAGGGGUGAUGAGAAAGGAGGUGAUGAGCUUGGAGGAAGAUUACAGGAACCUGAAACAGGCUGGAGCCAAAACAAACGGGGACGGUGAGAAAAAUAUUUCAAGCUCUAGAUUCUCUUCUCUUUUGGCUUCUAAAGAUCGUGAUUUUCUUCUCUCUCCUGAUGGAACUCAGGUGCAAGUUUCUGAACUCGAAGGCAAGGUGGUCGGACUCUACUUCUCAGCCAACUGGUACCCACCAUGUCGGAACUUCACAGAGAUACUAAUUAAUGCAUACGAGCAUCUGAACCGAAGUGGGUCUAAAUUUGAGGUUGUGUUUGUGUCGUCCGAUGAGGACUUGGAUGCCUUCAACAAGUAUCGAGCAUUGAUGCCUUGGCUUUCCAUUCCAUUUUCUGAUUUGGAGACAAAGAAAGCUUUGGAUCGUAAAUUCGACAUUGAAAGUAUCCCAUGUUUAAUUAUUUUGCAACCUAAGGAUACUAAGGAUGAGGCGACAUUGCACGAUGGAGUGGAAAUCAUUUAUCGAUUUGGAAUCCAAGCUUUCCCGUUUACCAAACAGAGACUGCAGGAAUUGGAGAGGCAAGUAAGAGAAAAGCAUGAGAGCCAGACCUUAACCAAUUUACUAACAAAUCUUGAUAGAGAAUAUCUUCUGGGUCAUCCUCCAUCUAAACAAGUGCCGGUUGAUUCGUUGCUAGGCAAAACAAUUGGACUUUUCUUCUCAGCCCAAUGGUGUAGACCAGGCGUCAAAUUCACUCCCAAGCUCGUCUCCAUCUACCACAAGAUCAAGCAAUUGCUGACCCAACAAGCUUCUGAGGAUUUUGAGGUUGUGUUUGUGUCAAGUGAUCGUGAUCAACAAGGAUUUGACUCUUACUUCAACAUCAUGCCAUGGCUGUCUUUGCCUUUUGGAGAUCCAACAAUCAAAAUCCUAACUAAGCAUUUUGACGUGCAGGGUAUCCCUUGUCUGAUAAUCUUAGGUCCUGAUGGUAAAACUAUUACCAAACAUGGAAGAAACCUGAUAAAUUUGUACCAGGAAGAUGCUUAUCCUUUCACAGAGGCUAAGGUUGACUUGUUAGAGAAACAGAUUGAUGAAGAGGCUAAAAGCUUGCCAAAAUCUGAGUACCAUGUAGGUCAUAAACAUGAGCUGACUUUGGUAUCCCAAGAAACUGGAGGAGGACCUUUUAUAUGCUGUGAUUGUGAUGAGCAAGGGUCUGGUUGGGCUUACCUGUGCCUUGACUGUGGAUAUGAGGUGCACCCCAAGUGUGUUCGAGCCAUGGACCGUGGCUAGGUACAUGGUUCAGAGAUGAAUAAUUGGCUAGCUAGCUUUAUUAUUCUAAUUAUAGUUUGCUAAUUCGACCUGCGAAGUGUUCCUGUGUGUGUCCCUCAUAGCUCGGGCUGGCUAGUGAUCGAGUUUCUGGCUGAAUGUUAUUAUAUCUAAUUAAAUAUAGUUUAUGACAAUUUCUUCAGCUGUGUAUCCCAUGAGAUGUAUGGGAAGUUAAUUAUGUUGUUUAAAGCUAGGGAAAAGGCUUAGAAAUUUUCCUUUGUAUCGGCUAGCUUGCUGGAGGAAACGAUAUGAUGUAAGGUGAAACUGGUUAAAGUUGAAUCUGUUGAUUCCAGCAAUAGAUUUCAAUCGCAAUUACUCUA